GGGGGGUGGGGAACGAGGCCGGCCGGGUCCACGCGCCCGCAAGCGGCGGGAGGAGUCGGGGAACGCGGGCCCCGACCACUACCACCGCUGGCGGGGGGUGACGCGGCCACCGCAUCCCCCGCGAGGAGCUCCUCCUCGGAGCGCGCCCGGGUCGGUUGGAGUCCGGCAUGGCCGGGAGCCCGGCGGACUUACUGCUGCCACCUCUGAUUCUCCUGCUUCUGGGGACCCCUGCUAGGGUCUCCCCCAACUACAAUUACUUCGGCGAGAAGAGCGAAGGCGACCUCUGGGAGGAGCUGCGGCUGCAGCAUCAGGAGAAAGACUUGGAGGAUUCGAUCCUUGGCCCCUGGGGGAAGUGGCGCUGUUUCUGCGACCUGGGCAAGCAGGAGCGCAGCCGCGAGGUCCUGGGCACGGCGCCGGGUCCGGUGUUCAUGGACCGCGAGAAUCUGGUGCAGGUGCGGCCCUGCAGGCAACGGGAUUGUUCAUCCUGCAAACCAACGGAUUGCGACUGGAGGCCCUGAACCCGACCCCGACGGGCGGGGCGUCAGGGACUCCGGAGCGGAGCCUGGAAGGCGACCCCGCCCGCCCCGUUCCCCCAAAGGAGCUCGGCGGUCGGCCUUGGGAACUACAAUUCCCAGGAAUCCGCGCGGCAGGAGUUUCGGCGGCG